GGCAAGUAAACAAAAUGCCGGCCAGGCGUAUCAGCACUUUACGGUUGAUGUGUUGAUUCAUCUCAGAUCUCAGAUGUCAAUUGUUGCUAUCAAUGUCAAAAUAAAAUUUAAAUAUUUAACCGACAAUCGACUUACAUAAACAAACGCUCUUAUAAAUUUAGUUAUUGCAAAUUGCAUUUACAGUUUAGUGUUCCCGUUCAGUUUAUUAUCUUUGAGUGUGUGUAGACGUUAAAAAUCAAAAACUCACAAAGGUCUAAACAAAUAUGGAUAAUAAAAAUGUUGAAGACGGCGAUGCAAGUGUUUUCCAGGGUACAUUUGACAAUCUUUUCAUUUUGAGAGAAUUCUCUAAUAUAUCAAGUAGCUUAAGUGAUGAAGAAUUUCUGGCAACUGUACCUAAAGAAAAAAUCGAAAGUGUUCGUUGGAUAUCAGUAUUCAGAUGUAUUAAACAAGAUAUUUUAGACAUGAUGGUUAGAGAAAUGAACAAAAUGUGGAGUACUGAAGAUAUGCGUCUAAAGUUAGAGAUACUUGAAUCACAGAGAGAAAAAUAUGCAGAAAUGAACCCUCAUAACUCUGCUUGGCGACCACAGCAUGAUAGUGUAAAUAAUCAAUUAAGGGCUUUAGAUGCUGGUAUUUUAAGAAAUCAAAAAGCAUUGCUAGAAUCUUUAUUAAAAGAGUAUGAUGAGAAAGUAAACAAGUUACAGAAGACAGUUCAGGCUAAAAGACAAUACCUUAAAGCUGUCACAAUGGAUAUACAAAAAUAUGAAAAAAAUGUUGAAGAAGUGAUGUCAAAACUAUGUGAGAAGAUUCAAACUCAUACUGCAUUGGGAGAGGAGAUUACACCAAAGUUUGAUAAUGAUGUAUGGUUAAGUAAGACCCAGAAGGAUGUUGAGUAAGAAUGGAAUAUUCAAUAAAAUUUAUAUUUCAGAAAAAAUGUACACACUUGAGAAACAUAACAAAAAUUUACCUUAUUCUAAGUCAAAUUAACAUCAAUUAGUACUUUGUGUUACAAUUGUGAAGAAAUGUGUAAGUGUUUCAAUACUUCAAAGCAAAUUGCACAAAAGCUACUACAGUGUUUUAUAAGCAAAUAAUAUGAAUGUAAAUUAAAUUGUUUUAUACUAUAUAAAUUUUUUAAAUAGA